CAACCAUCGUAAAACGCCGCGGAAAUUCUUAUUGCAGGGGAUGUCCGCCGUGAUGAAGGUGACGCCCACCUCCGCUCCGCUGGAUCUGCGGGGCCACCUGCUGGUGUUGCCUGGAGCAGGAGGGAUUGCAAACCUGGGGGAGCUGUGCGUCGACGCGUUGAUCACGACCUACGGGCUCCAGCGCGUUGCGAUUGUAGAGACGCGGCAUUUGCUGCCGGUGGCAAUGGUCUGUGCCUUUGGCGAGGGCCCAAUCACCACGGCUGCGGAGUUAUACCAAGCGCCCGGUGUGACCCUCUCGGUGCUGCAGCUGCGCUCGGGGCCGGUGGAGGGCAAGCGCUGGGCACUGGCCAAGGAGCUGCUGCAUUGGGCUCACUCCGUGGGAGUGGACCAGGUCCUUCUGCUGGCAUCCUGCUCCGCCCAUGUGAAAAGCGACGCAGACCUCAGGGAGGCCUCUCCGUUGCGGCAGUUGGGCAGCGUCAGCGGGCUGCUGCCGCUGGGCCACGGGGAGCCGGACCUGGGCUGUGCCCCCGGCAGUGCGGGAGCGGCGAGGCAUCUGCUGCGCGGCAGCGGCCUCGCGCGACCCCUGCUGGAGGCGGCUGCGGAGCCGCAGUCGCCCUCCAGCUUCUCGCCGCCUUCGCGGGUGGCUCCGGGUGUGAACUGCAUUUGCGGCUUUACCAACGAGAUCUUGGACUGGCGGCUUCCCGAACAGCUGGUGGAGGCGGCUUGCCAGUACCUGGCGCAAUGCGCGGUGCCGCAGCAGCCAUUGAAGCGCCCGCUUUCCUGGCAGCUGGCGCAGCAGGCGCAGAUUGCAUCUCCGUUCGACAAUGCCCAGCUUUGGUAAGAGAAGGCCUUCUGCACAGGGCUUGCGCUGGAAAAGUCGCUCCACUGGGCUCAAGUAUGACAUCCA